AUGAAUAAUCAUAAACAAUCAAAUUUUCAAUUAAUUCUUAAUCAGAUUCGUGAUCGUGUUGUUUAUUCAUUUAAACAGCAACCUGAUUCUGCUACAUUAAUGCGCGAUUGUCAUAUUGAAUUCUCGGAAUUAAUUGAAAAAACAAUUGAAAAAUAUUGCGGAGCAAUGAUUUGCGAAUAUGCUCCUGAUUUCAUGCGCGAUAUAUCCGAUGUCGCUUUCGAUGAAUUGAUUAAAUAUAAAAUAUAUGAAAAUACAAAUAAUAUGCAAGUAACGAAUGUUGACAAACAAAUUUCAGAACCAUUAAUCAAACAACAGGAUGAAUAUUCAAAUAUGUAUGAUUCAUCCGUUCUACAUUAUACGCAACAAACAUCACCGGUUGACGACGGAGAAAAUGAUAAUAAAUAUCGAAUUGAAUUAGCCGAAUCAGAAAAUCGACCAUUAACAUUAAUUGGCAGUGAUGAAGAAGAUAAUGAUUCUGACCGAGAAGAAAAUAAAGAUAGCGAAUUACAAACAGCUGUCUCACGUCAAGAUAUUAACUCAAAUCAAAAUGCAACCGUAUCAUCCUCGGGUGAACUUCAUUCCAAUGGACAUGAAUAUAUCAUUGUUCACCAUGUAGCACAUGAUCAAAAUCGUGCUGUUAUUGAUAAUGCUGUGCCAAACGACAAAGAAAAAACGAAUGAAAAUCAAGACGUUGCUGAUUCAUGA